AUGGGAAAUAAGUGUAAACACUGUGGCAAAUUCCUUGCUACAACAGAUGGUGUUAAAUGCUUAAAAUGUGCUUCCCGCUAUCACCGAGUCUGUCUUAAUAUCAGCCCAGACACUAAAACACACGGAAAAUGGAUAUGCCGUGAUUGCAAAUCGAGUCCUAAAUUGUGUACACCCGUUCAGGCUCCUUCCCAUCAUCCCGAGGAUGCUGUGGAUGAUACUUUCGCGGAUGCCAACCUUGGCGAAGACACGACGGCAGCACUGUUGCAGGAGAUACGAUUAUUAAGAAAAGAUAUGGCAUCUGUAUCCCGGGAAAUGACUUUCUUUCGGGAAGAGGUCUCUCGGCUUAACUCGACAAUGUCGGAAUUCAAUAGUCGCCUUACUACCGUAGAAAGUAGAAUUUCAGCUUUGGAAAAAGAUGAUAUAAACAAUCAAAGCCAUAUUGAAGAAAGCACUAAAGCGGAAAUAUCGAGCUUGCGUAUGCAAAUGAAUGAUAGGGAGCAGGAAUAUUUAGCAACAGACUUCGAGUUAGCUGGCAUCUUGGAAAAGCCUGGAGAGAAUGUCAACAACAUCGUGCUGUUAUCUGCUAGAAAAGUCGGCAUCGAUCUCACCGAACAAGACAUCGUGAGUGCAGAGCGAUCGGGACCUCGGCGAUCCGUGGCGGCUGACGGCGAGCGAAUGCGUCCGCGUGCCAUCGCGGUGCGAGUGACGCGCCGCUCACUGCGCGACGACCUGCUGCGGGCAGCGCGGGUGAGGCGCAGUGUUGAUACGUCCGGCGUCAUUGAUGGCGAGCCGAGACGAUUCUUCAUUAACGAGCGGCUCACACCUUACAAUCGGUACCUUUUGUUUAGAGCAAAAGAGGAAGGAUCUCUGGGGACACACCAUGACGAAUUCAUGCUGGCUAUUAACCGCCAUGAUGUAGACAUUAUGGCCUUAAAUGAAACUUGGUUGAGAGAGGGUGAGGAAGGGCGAGCACCAAAUAUCCCGGGAUAUCGUUUGCGCCACAAACCGCGUCCUGCUGAAGUGCGCGGCCGUGGUGGGGGUGUGGGCUACUAUAUUAGACGAGGAAUAACAGCACGAACCCUCAUUCAACCUUCAACAUCUCCGGACAUAGAACAAAUGUGGCUUAGUGUGAGCGUGGGAGGGAAAAAGUUAGUGAUCGGCACUGCAUAUCGACCUCCUUGGCUAAAUCCAUUUAAGUUCUUCGAAGGACUUACGGAGAUGUUCACUACACUUCCUGUUCAUGACCAUGUAGUUCUGGUGGGUGAUUUUAAUAUUAAUUUUUACGAAUCUGAUAAUUACUGUACACGUACGCUAUGUGAGUUCUUAAUGUACACGAAUCUCAAACAGAUUGUUAAUAAGCCUACUCACUUUACUGCUCACAGUGAGACAUUAAUAGAUCUAGUCUGUGUAGAUGGUAACACUAGUGAAGUAUGGGUAGACUAUAUACAUGAGCUUAGCAGUCAUGCGUUCUUAUCAUUUGAAUUUAAUAUACGCAAAUAUAAACCUAAGCCUCUUCGAAAAUCUUAUAGAAAAAUUAGUAGCAUUAAUGAAAAUGAUCUCAAAAACUAUUUAACAAAUUUCAAUCAACAAUGUCUUAAUAUAUAUGACGUCAAUAGUCUUGUUUCUCAAUUUAAUAGUAUGUUAUUAUCUGUUUUCGAUUCCUUAGCACCUCAGUUAUGUGGACUUUUUAAAGAGUCCCAAUAUCCGUGGAUUACUUACAACAUCAACGAAAUGAUUCGUACUCGUAAUGAGGCACACAUAAGAUCGCGACACACUCAGAAAGAUACUCACAUAGCGUACUAUAAGGAUCUGAAAUCAGAAGUUGAACUAGCAAUUCAUAGAGAGAAGGGUGCAUAUUUUACUCAAUUCAUAAAUAAUAACGCUAAGAGACCGAAGUUCAUGUGGAAGCAUUUAAAGAAUAUUUUAGCCUAUAAGAAAAAACGGGAUACCACGUGCCUACCAGAUCAUUUGUCAGAACCGAAUAAUUUUAAUAGAUUUUUUCUAACCUUGCCCGGAAAUAGUGACGUGGCAUCUAGUGACAUACAUUACUACACGAAAAAUAGACAUUUCUCCAAUUGCUUCGUUCUAAAACAGGUCUUGUUACAGACAAUAUUUCACAAUACAAAUACUCAGAUACAAAACCAAGGACUGCAACACAAUGGUCACAACACCUGUCUAGUAAAAGUAUCUACAUUAGUAUGCGCUCCAUCAGCCCUGCUGUCUGACAUUCACCUUCAAUAG